UUAUUAAAACAGGAAGACGCCAUGGAGAAAGACUUAAAAAGGUCUAAGCGAGAAAUGGUGCCAAACGUGAACGCAAAAUCCAAUUGUGGGUAGGAGGGUAUUUUUGCAAGAAAAGUACUCAAUGGUUAAAAAAUUUCAAAUGGAUAAGAAUUGUUGGGGGCCAACCAUGGCAGAGAGUAAAAUAUAGAAAAUCCAGGAGGAAAAGGAGCUUCUAGUUCCAUCCAAAAGUGGGCCCGAAAUCUAAACGCUUUUCCCUUUUCUCAGACCUACCAUGGUUGCCUCUUUUUCUUGUUCUUCAUAGAAAUCCCUAACCUUACUCUUCAAUUUCCUUCUCCUUUCUCACCGUUUUCAUUUAAUCUGUCUUCUCUUUAUCAACUAUACCAUUUUUAGUUUUUCCAUAUCCAAACGAUUCUUUAUUUCCUUAAUUUAUUUUCUUGUUCCCCUUUUUCUUCGUUUGAGUUGCAAAUCACCAUUGUCCGAUCUGGUUAUUCUCUGCGUUAUUGUAAAGACUGUUCAAUCCGAGUCAAAGGUGCAUUUUGAAGUCUGGGUACCGACCGAUUUAAGUUAUUGCUUUAUGGGUUUGUUAAAUUUUGAGCUUUUAGUGGUGGGUUCUAAUUUUGGUGAUGUAGUUCAUUAGGUAUCUUGUGAAUUUUAUGCAAAAGUGGGUUUUGGUAAUUGUGUUAUUUUUAUUUGGGUUGAAAUUUUGACAUCGAAAACAAGAUAAAUGAAAAGAGGGAAAAAUGAUGAGAAGAAUAUGGAGCCUAUGUUCCCUAGGCUUCAUGUUAAUGAUACAGAAAGAGGAGGGCCGAGGGCUCCUCCAAGGAAUAAGAUGGCCCUUUAUGAGCAGCUGAGUAUUCCCUCACAGAGGUUUAACCCUGGCCUCUUGCCUCUUAACACGAGUAAUUCAAAAAAUUUGGUUCCUCCUACUUCCACAAGCCAGGGAAGUAGCCUUCAAAAUAGGCCUUUUCCUUCUCGUGUAUCGCAUUCGGCAUCUACUAAUCAGGCCGAGAAGAUUCAUACACGACAGCUUGGAGGAGCAAGUGUAAAUGCUCCAAUGGCACGCCUUGAACCAAGAAAGAAGGUUGGAGAUGAAGAUGAUUUCUUGGUUCCUGUUUUUGUUAAUUCAGAGACGGGUCUACAACAUUGCAAAAAUAAGGAAGGGUUUGAUGGGGAAAAGACCUGUAAUGUUCGUGAUAAUGAACCAAAUCGAUGUAGCUCUUCUGGUGUCAGUUCAAGAAAGGGGGUAAGAGAUCAGAGUGAAGGGAGCUUUCAAGUGUGCUCAAGUAGGGAGCGCUCAAUAAAACCUGUUGCAAAUUCAUCAACUAGAGAAAAGAUUGAUGGAUAUGCCAAAGAGGACAAUGGGUCCCCUGAUCAAUAUUGUGAAGAGAUUCCAGCAUCUGGAUUAAGUGGUUCACGUGAAAUUGAUACUUGCUUGGUAGAAAAGUUGAGAGCUGACCGACGACCAGUUGAUAAUGGAUGUGCUGAUUCCUUGAUGAAAGAAAUUGGUGAGGGAACCCUUUCCCGGAAGAGAAGUCUGUCUUAUUCAGAGGGGAAUCGCAGUGUUCCUGAUGAAACUAAUAAUGACAGUGAAUGCCAUGAAGACAAGCCUUGUGGCUCACUGCAGUGGGCAAAUGGAGAUAAAAGCGAUGAUGUCUCUGAGACCUCUGCAGUGGAUACUGUAUCAGGCUUGGAUAUCUCUCCUGAUGACGUGGUGGGAAUAAUAGGUCAGAAGCGUUUCUGGAAAGCAAGAAGAGCUAUUGUUAAUCAACAAAGAGUAUUUGCCGUACAAGUGUUUGAGUUACAUAGGCUGAUUAAGGUUCAGAGGUUAAUUGCUGGAUCGCCACAUCUCUUGCUUGAGGAUGCAGCAUAUCUGAGCAAACCUUCUUUCAAAGACUCUCCUGUAAAGAAGCUUCCUCAAGAGUUAACUGUAAAACCAGUGCCACAAAAUAAGCGCAAAGAUGAUGCUGAGAAGAUAAGUUAUAAAAUGGAAUGUUCAGCAGAAAAUGCGGUUGGUAGGACAUCCCUCUCUUCUGUGAAAAAUGGUAGUCAGCCUUCAAAUAAUGGGCCUUUCCUUGGAAAUCCACCACCUUCUCCAGCUAAUGGUGAUAACAAAAUGAACCCUUGGUGUUUCAAUCAAAUGCUCGGGCACCAGUGGCUGGUCCCUGUCAUGUCCCCCUCUGAAGGACUGAUAUUCAAGCCCUAUCCGGGACCUGGAUUCAUGGAAUCUGCUUGUGGAGGCUGUGGGCCUUUUGGACAAAAUCCAGUGGCCGGAAACUUCAUGACCUCAGCUUACGGAGUUCCAACUCCUCAUCAAGGACUUGGGGUUCUACCAGGCACUACUUUAGGCGGUCACUCUUACUUUCCUCCUUAUGGUAUGCCAGUCAUGAAUCCAGCAUUCUCAGGGUCUGCCAUGGAACAGAUGAACCAAUUUGCCGGAGCAGGGUCCCAUGCCCAAAGUGGCCAGUUAUCUGGAAGUGGAGCUAACUUCAACAUGCAGCAACAAAGUUCAUCUAAUCUGCCGAACGAGAAGAAUGGUGCUAUUCCUCCUGUCACGAAGUUUCAAGCAUCUAAAGAUGCUGAGCAACAACGAUGUACUGCAAGCAGUCCCAGUGAGAGAACAGAGAAAGAUGGGACCCGUAGCACCGCUGAAGGGAAAAAUACACCUUCACUUCUGCCUACAGCUCCAGCCAAUCUGGAGGGAGCCUUGAAGCCUCGCGAAACUGACCAGAGGGCGAGAGUGAUACGAGUUGUGCCUCAUAAUCCAAGGUCAGCCACUGAAUCGGCGGCACGUAUUUUCCAAUCUAUACAGAAAGAGAGAAAGCAACGGGACUAAGAUGAGCUUGCUUUACAUAUCAAACAAAACCAUUACCGAAUGCACUCAUUCAAGGUGGAGACAUCAUGGAUAACGUGCUGCUCGGGAGUGAACUAAUCUAUACCAUCAAGUGAAAGAAGACAGGGAAGGGUAUUCGAAAUAGACGUGUAGUCGCAUAAGUCGGGAUUUCUUGCUUUGUGUAAUGGAAAUCAUGGGAUUUAACAAGCAUUGGUAGCAGCUUGUCCACCAAUGCAUUAGUUCAGUAACAUAUCAAGUCCUCAUUAAUGGUAGUCGUACGGAGCCUUUUGUCCCUAGUAGAGGCCUACGUUAGGGAGAUCCCUUUUGUCAAAAUAUACUUCUUUAUUGCUCUUAAAAGCUGGAUUGAGCAAGUGAUACGGGGUACUUGUAUCGCAAGGACAUGUCCUCCCGUCUCCCAUCUCCUAUUUGCAAAUGACGAAUACUUGUUCUUUAAUGCUAUUACAUAUUCUCGUUAGGGCAUUAUGCGUGUUCUUACACAGUAUUGUAAUCUCUUUAGACUGUCAAAUACUAUAGGCUUGUAUCUAUCUUUGAAUUUUUAAAUUUUCAACAUAAUUAUGUUAAUUGUCUA